AUGCACUAUUCGGGAGUGGGCGUGGCCUGCCUGCAACCUGAUUUUCUGGUGGUCGUUCGCCAUGUUGCUUGGAAUUCCACCUCACUUUUAUCCAACAAACGUCAUGUCUCCAAGCCUGAUUCAAAGCUGGGUUCUGACUGCUCCCCUGCCUCACAUCACAUCUCUGUGAUGUUGGAAGUGCCCUCAGGAGCAGGUAAGGGAAUGCCAAAAAACGGCAGUGAAAUGAACAUUGACAAAGGUCUUUACUCCCACCAACUGUAUGUGCUGCGCCAUGAGGCAAUGAAGCGUCUCCAGUCAUCCAGUGUGCUGAUGUCAGGCCCUUAGGGCCUGGGUGUGGAGAUUGCCAAGAACAUCAUCCUUGGUGAGGUCAAGUCUGUCACCCUGCAUGACCAGGGUACUGCUUAGUGGGCUGACCUCUCCUCCCAGUUUUUCCUAGGGGAGGAAGACAUUGGUAGAAAUCAAACCGAGGUAUCACAUCCUUGCCUUGCUGAGCUCAACAGCUAUGUGAGUGUCAGCACCUACACUGGACCCUUUGUUGAAGACUUACUUAGUGGUUUCCACGUGUUGGUUCUUACCAACACCCCUUUGGAGGACCAGCUGCAAGUCGGUGAGUUCUGUCACAGCCAUGGAAUCAAGCUGGUGGUGGGAGACACUCAGGGCCUGUUUGGACAACUCUUUUGUGACUUUGGAGAGGAAAUGAUCCUCAUGGAUUCCAAUGGGGAACAACCACUUAGUGCUGUGGUUUCUAUAAUCACCAAGGACAGCCCUGGCAUUGUCACCUGCCUGGAUGAGGCCCGACAUGGGUUUGAGAGUGGUGAUUUUAUCUCCUUCACUGAAGUCCAGGGCAUAAAUGAACUGAAUGACGCCUGCCCCAUGGAGAUCAAAGUGCUGGGUCCCUACACUUUUAGUAUCUGUGAUACCUCUAGUUUCUCUGACUACAUCCAUGGAGGCAUCGUCAGUCAGGUCCAAGUGUCUAAGAAGAUCAGUUUUAAAUCCUUGCUAGCCUCACUGGCAGAGCCCAACUUUGUGGUAACAGACCUUGCUAAGAAUUCUCUCCCUGCCCAGCUACACAUUGGCUUCCAGGCCCCUCAGUUCUGUACUCAACAUAGUCAGCCACCUUGGCCCCACAGUGAGGAGGAUGCAGCAGAACUGGUGACCCUAGCACAGGCUGUGAAUGCUCAAGCUCUGCCAGUAGUGCAGCAGGACAACCUGGAUGAGGACCUCAUCUGGAAGCUGGCAUAUGUGGCUGCUGGUGAUGUGGCACCCAUAAAUACCUUCAUUGGGGGUCUGGCUGCCCAAGAGGUCAUGAAGGCCUGCUCUGGGAAGUUUAUGCCCAUCAUGCAGUGGCUAUACUUUGAUGCCCUUGAGUGUCUUCCUGAGAACAAAGUGCCCUUUAUGGAAGACACGUGCUUUCUGCACCAGAAUCGUUACAACGGGCAGGUAGCCAUAUUUGGCUCAGAUGUACAAGAGAAGCUGGACAAGCAGAAGUACUUCCUUGUGGGUGCAGGGGCCAUUGGCUGUGAGCUGCUCAAGAACUUCACCAUGAUUGGGCUAGGCUGUGGGGAGGGUAGGGAAAUCACAGUUACAGAUAUGGACACCAUUGAGAAAUCCAAUCUGAACCGACAGUUUCUUUUCCGGCCCUAAGAUAUCAUGAAAUUAAAGUCGGAUACAGUUGCUGCAGCUGUGCAUCAAAUAAAUCCAAAUAUCAGUGUGGUAAGCCACCAGAACCGUGUGGGCCCUGACACAGAGCACAUCUAUGAUGAUAACUUCUUCCAAAAGCUGGAUGGUAUGGCCAAUGCCCUAGACAAUGUGGAUACCCGCUUGUAUGUGGGCCGCUGCUGUGUGUACUACUGAAAGCCGCUGCUGGAGUCAGGCACACUGGGCACCAAGGGCAAUGUGCACUUGGUUAUUCCCUUCCUGACACAGUCUUAUGGCUCCAGCCAUGAUCCACCUGAGAGGUCGAUUCCUAUCUGCACGUUGAAGAACUUCCCCAAUUCCAUGAAGCACACCCUGCAGUGGGCUCGGGAUGAGUUUGAAGGCCUCUUCAAGAAGCCAGCAGAAGUUGUCAACCGGUACCUCAUAGACCCUAAGUUUGUGGAGCAGACGCUGUGGCUGGCAGGUGCCCAGCCAUUAGAGGUACUGGAGGUGGUGCAGCGCAGCUUGGUGCUGCAGCGACCACAGAUGUGGGCUGACUGGGUGACCUGGGCCUUCCAUCACUGGCACACAGAGUACUCUGACAACAUCCAGUAGCUGCUAUACAAUUUUCCUCCCGACCAGCUCACAAGCUUGGGAGCCCCGUUCUGGUCUGGUCCCAAAUGCUGUCCACAUCCACUCAUUUUUGAUGUUGACAACCCUUUGCAUCUGGACUACGUGAUGGCAGCUGCCAACCUAUUUGCCCAAACUUAUGGGUUGAUGGGCUCUCAGGACCGAGCUGCGGUGGCCACACUCCUGCAGUCUUUGCAGGUCUCUGAGUUCAUCCCCAAGUCUGGUGUCAAGAUCCAUGCUUCUGACCAGGAGAUGCACAGUGCCAGUGCCUCUGUUGUUGACUGCUACCUAGAGGAGCUCAAGGUCAUGCUUCCCAGACCAGACAAGCUCUCUGGGUUCAAGAUGUAUCCUAUCGACUUUGAGAAAGAUGAUGACAUCAACUUUCAUAUGGAUUUUAUUAUGGCUGCAUCCAACCUCCAGACAGAGAACUAUGACAUUCACCCUGCAGACCAACAUAAAGGCAAGCUCGUUGCUGGGAAGAUCAUCCCAUCUAUUAUGACAACCACAGCAGCUGUGGUUAGCCUUGUGUGUCUGGAGCUGGACAAGGUGGUGCAGGGACACCAACAGCUUGAGUCCUACAAGAACACAUUCAUCAACUUGGCUCUGCCCUUCUUCAGUUUUUCUGAGUCCCUUGCCCCACCCCAUCACCAGUACUAUGACCAAGAGUGGACGUUGUGGGAUCACUUUGAUGUACAAGGAAUGAUGCCUAAUGAUGAGGAAAUGACCCUCAAGCAGUUCUUAGACUAUUUUAAGACGGAACACAAAUUAGAGAUCACCAUGCUGUCCCAUGGCCUGACCAUGCUUUAUUCCUUCUUCAUGUGACCUUCCAAGCUUAAGAAAUGGCUAAUGACAGAGAUUGUAAGCUAUGUGUCUAAGCAAAAACUGGGCUGCCAUGUGUGGGCCCUGGUGUUUGAGCUGUGUUGCAGUGAUGAGAGUUGUAAAGACUUCGAAUUCCCUUAUGUACAAUACAUCAUCCACUUAUCCCUGGCUGCCCCUUUACUCCAGCACCCAUCAGGCUACUUCCAGAUUUCUUCUUGUGACAAAAGCUGA